AUGGCUGGRAAGACAAAUCUGCAAUUGAUUCAGGAGUGUGACAACUUCCCCUACUAUGACGAUGACCCAAAGUUCUACGAGCGUCAGCUCAAUCAAUAUCAUGCCUUCAAGGUGAACGGCUGCCAUGCCGUCUUGGGGUAUAUCCCCAACACCGUCGUCAAAGAAUUCAAUUGGACAGAAAACGAGUGGGAAGUCGACGAGCGUAAUCGCACCGUCACACUCAUGGCAGCACCAGACGCUGAACCUGCAGUACGCAAUGAAAUCAUGUCUCGCUUGCUAGCUGACGCCGUGCGUCGCGAGACCUUUGAAGUUCUGAAAGGUUGGCGUGCAGAGAUGUAUGCCAUCCACGCUCCCGGCGGAAAAUUCCUGAUGGAAAUGGAGCGAUGCGCAAGUCCGUUGUUCGGCAUUAUCACUUACGGCGUACAUAUGACGGGAUACGUCGAAGACCCAAAAGAAGGGUUGAAGUUGUGGGUUGCGCGACGAUCAAAAACUAAACAGACGUAUCCGAAUAUGCUGGAUAACACUGCUGCGGGCGGUAUGAGUACCGGUGAACACCCCUAUGGAUGCGCUAUUCGUGAGGCUGCGGAAGAAGCAUCCAUCCCGGCAGAAGUCUUUGAGCAACGCGCCAGACCAGCGGGCGUAUUGACGUACUUUUACGUGCGGGAUGCGCGCGCAGGCGGCGAGACGGGUCUGUUACAGCCGGAAAUUGAAUACAUUUACGACAUCAGAUUGGACGCGAGUCAUGCAGUGAAGCCCUGCGAUAGCGAAGUUGAGGAUUUCCGUCUUUGGACCGUGGAUGAAGUGAGGCAAUCACUGAGGGAAGGGGACUGGAAGCCUAAUUGUGCUGUUGUGGUUAUCGACUUUCUGAUCAGACAUGGGAUUCUGACGCCGGAGAAUGAGCCUGACUAUUUGGAGAUUAUGGCAAGGAUACAUCGGCGCUUGCCUUUUCCUACGGUGAGGUUUGAUAUGAAAUAG